GUUUCUUUUGUCAUCGAAUUGGCAAAAAAAAAAAAAAAUCGAUUAGAACUAGGGUCCAUCUUCAAACCGGAGUUCCCAAAUUCAGGUGCUGUACAUAGAGCUCGAAGAUCGUAGCAUCUCGCUCUGAGAUUGAAAGAAUGGACGAUAUACUCGUAGCGAUUCUCUCAAUGCUUCUCGUUGCGGCGUUGAUUCCGCUUUACAUAUGGAGAAGGCGCCAGGCAUCUUCGAGCGUUGAGCCUGACGAGCAAGUUCAGGUUCGUCAGAGGGAGGCUGUUUUGCGAGCUACUGGUGCUCGAGGUACUGCUCCUCCUCGCAGUCGUAUGCGUAGAAGGACAACAACCUCGGCUGCUUCUACAUCACAUGUUGAAGAAUCUGGUGAUGGGACUGACGAGGAGGAUCUUGGUGAAGGGGAAUAUCAUAAUGUGAAGGUGUCAAAGAAAAGGGAAAAGAAACGACAAGAGCGGGAAGCUAUACGACAGGCCGAGGAAGCAGCUCGAGAGUCAAGGGUAACAAAACAGGAUCGGUAUGCAGAGAUGAGGAGGAAGAAGGAUGAGGAGCGGGAGGCUGAAGAACGUAGGCUGGAAGAAGAAGCCAAGGCUCGACAGGCGAAAGAGGAGGAAGCUGCUGCACUAGAAUUUGAGAAGUGGAAAGGAGAAUUUUCAAUUGAUUCCGAAGGAACUACGGAGAAGGAAGUUCAAGAUGCCAACCAAGGGUUACUAUUUGAUUUUGUUGAAUACAUCAAGAAACACAAAUGUGUACAACUGGAAGAUCUCGCGGCAGAGUUUAAAUUACGAACUCAGGAAUGUAUCAACCGCAUCACCUCUUUAGAAGAUCUGGGACGAUUAUCUGGUGUUAUGGAUGAUCGAGGGAAAUAUAUUUACAUUUCACUGGAUGAAAUGAAAGCUGUUGCCGACUAUAUCAAGCGGGAGGGUAGGGUUAGCAUAUCACAUUUAGCUAGCCAAUCCAACCAGUUUAUAGACUUGGAACCAAAAGCACAGUUUCUUGAUGAUAUCAGCAGUCAGGAGGAACCAAUCGUAGCUUAAGUCAGAAAACACGUGUCAAGUUAUCAGGAGAUGACUUGGUGAGUUAUUCGUUGCAGGUAUACAACGGGGUUUGUUGCACAUUGUUCUUGUAUUGAUGCUUCCCCAGAUUUUGGUGACCCAAGCUGCGCUAUGUAGAUUAUGUGUCCACACAGAACUCUUAAAAAUCCUUUCUAGGUUAGAAGACAUUGAACAAGGCCGAUGUCCAACAUUAACCAGUUGUUUCCAUAACCUGCAAAGUCUGUUACUAACAUUACUAUGCAAUGUUAUAAGAAUGCUGUAAAACUUAUUCGACUGCUUUUUAAUAUAAGAAUAUCAAUACUUGCGGAUUCAAAA